UCCAAAUGAUGAUGUGUCGAGAAAUGGCUGUCACUUCCGCCUCUGUGUUCAGUUGUGAUUGGAAGUGGAGUUACAGAACUACCAGAAGAGAAAUGAAAAUAUAGGGGCUCUUUUAUAUUGUACUUUCACCGUCAAAACGGUCUCGUAAGCUUGUACUUUCCUGUUUCUCCCGAGAAGUCAGAGGACCGCCUGCAAGACACGAAGCAAAGCAAGGAGAAGGAAAGCUAGCUUUUUUUUAGCUAGCCAAUUUGACUGGUGUUCUGUCAGAGGCUGCAGGCUAACUUAUGGGAAAUGGAUUGUGUCUGUGAAAUAGUUGAAGCCUUGGUCGCUUUGGCAGCUCUAGUGUUUAUUGUGGUACUCAUAUUGGCACACAUCACUGGCGGGAUGGUGAACCUGACACGCCAUGAGAAGGAGAAACACUUCCUCACCCCAAAAGGAGAGAAGGAGCCUUUUCCCAGCCUGCAUGAUCCCCAUUCCCGGGAUCUCUCUGUGGUGAUCCCGGCCUACAACGAGGAACUGCGAAUGCCUGUGAUGUUGGAUGAAGCUACAGAGUACCUUGAAAACAGACAGAAAAAAGAAUCUUCUUUCACAUAUGAGGUCAUUGUGGUUGACGAUGGCAGCAAAGACAAAACCACAGAGGUUGCUUUGCGGUACAGCAGGAAGUACGGUUCUGAUAAAGUGCGAGUCCUGACUCUGGUGAACAACAGGGGGAAAGGAGGAGCUGUGCGCAUGGGAACUCUGAGCUCCAGAGGGAAAUUCAUUCUGAUGGCAGAUGCUGAUGGAGCCACAAAGUUUUGUGAUAUUGAGAAAGUGGAGGCUGGACUUAACGGCCUCGACCCUAAACCGGAGAACAUGGCAAUUUCCUGUGGUUCCAGAGCUCACCUGGAGGACGUCUCAGUAGCUCAGCGAUCAAUGUUUCGCACAUUCCUGAUGUAUGGCUUUCAUUUCCUGGUGUGGUUCUUUUGCGUGAGAGGGAUCAAGGACACACAGUGCGGCUUCAAGCUUUUCACACGUGAGGCUGCACUCAAGACCUUCUCCUGUCUCCACAUCGAGCGAUGGGCUUUUGAUGUGGAGCUUCUGUAUAUUGCACAGUGUUUUAAAAUCCCCAUAGCAGAGGUGGCUGUCAACUGGACUGAAAUAGAAGGGUCCAAGCUGGUCCCGUUUUGGAGCUGGCUGCAGAUGGGACGGGAUCUGGUUUUCAUUCGCCUGCGUUACCUCACCGGAGCCUGGAAGCUGCAGUCACAUAAGUCUGACUAGCCAAUCAGAAAAGCCCUGGUGUCUUAGAGAUGGCCUAUGAGAGUGCCAUCAAACCUAUGGAUGAGGUGGGAUCAACAACUGUGUGCAUUAUUACUGUAAUUCACCACAGAGAACAAAGAGCAGUAUUUCACAUCAUUUGACACAGUUGUGAGUUCUCCUGCCUUUUGUAAAAUGUGGAUUUUGGCUUAUGAUGGCCGCCGUUACAUGCACUUUUCUGUUGCCCACGGCUUACAGAACGUCUGUAUGACUGAUCCUUGUUACUUAAUGAUUAUUUUGUGGCCAAUCAGCUGUAAGUGAGAGAGAGUUGUGAAAUGUGAAGGAUCAGGUAAUCUGUGUGUUAUUAUUCUCACACGUAGAAUGAAUGUUACUAUAUACGAUUUUCAAAAGGGAGGGAUUGUGGGUGUGUGGACUGAAUGACUUGAACCAAAAUAAAACAUGUCAUUGAUUUAU